AUGCAGGGGAGAUUGACAGGCAAAGUGGAGUUCUUGUACAGGGCCAAAGCGUUUGCUUGCUUUCUAAAUGAUAGAGCUCAAGUUCUCAUAUCAGAGGAGAUAAUGCAUGGAGGUAAUCACCCCUACUCACUGUUUGAAGGCCUUGGAGGAAUGGCUUAUCUCUUUCUGGACAUGAUCGAACCAUCUGAGGCUAGGUUCCCUGGUUAUGAACUAUAA